AUGGGAAGAAGAAAAGCCACUAAUUUGCUAUAGUUCAGCUUCAAGAAAUCAAAUUCUGAUUCAAUUCUCAAAGGACGUCUACAUUUCCAACAAUCCAGAAUUUUAAUUUCAGAGUUUCAGAAUUGAGAUUUCAAAGUAAAUUCAGCUUAAUUCCUGAAGGAUUCAGCUUUGAAGAUCUCACUUGCAGCAUGUCGCAAGUUGUUGGAAGCUUACUUCCUGCACAGGUUGUGUCCUUGUUGUCAAAUGCAGGAAAUUUCUAAAGGAUGCUGAAAUCUGAAGCUAGAUUGCAGCAUUGUAAAUGCAGGAUUCCAAUCAUGGAGGGGUUUAGAAGACAGUAACCCCAAACCACAGAGUAAAGGUUGUCCUUGGAAUAUAAUUCCAAUAGGGUUUGCACGAAACAAUUCACAUUUAGUUAUUAGUUCACACUCUUCAGCAGAAACAUAUGUGAACUCCUUGGAUUAAGUUUCAGCAUUUAAGAGUUGAGCUGGAUAGUUUCGGAAAUUCAAUCCAUUGAAGUUGUAUGCUUCGAACCAUGGAAAUCUUGGAAAGAAAAAAAUAACAAAUGACAAUGAGGUGGUCACAGGAACCACCAAAGAAACAAGACAAGACAGAGAGCUGAUAACCAAGUAGAGCAGUGGGAUUAACUCUCUGAUACUGACUGAUACUGAUUAGUUUUCCAAUACGGAAUCUAGGAAGGAAUGCUUUCAUACUGUCCAAUCCAUUCCUUCCCUAUGCUGAUCACCAGAUUCUGGAAAAUUCAGAAUCACUGUAUUUUCCAAAAAAAACAAAACAAUCAUCUGCUGAGCUUGUCCUCCCAUGUAUGAAACUACAAUCUUCAACUUUCUGAAUUCAGCAAUUCCAGCAUUGUCAAUUCCAAAAAACAUAAUUCUGUCUAAUUCCAUUUUGAGACUUAUGAGCCAAUGCAAGAUUAAAGUACCCCAUCCAAGGUAUCCAUCAGCUAGAGUUUCUGUACAAGUGCCCAAUCUCUGUGUUCAUUUUUCUUCAGAAAGAUAUUUCAGGAUCAUGGAACUCAUGGGAAUAUUGCAUGGGUCAAGUAAAAUCAUAGAGCAAAACCUUGAUGGCCAUCUUCAAUCUUGUGAUAAACCUUGGCAUCCUGUUGAUCUUGCAACUAAUGCUAGAACUCUAGUUUGGCAGGUUCAAAGUUUUGUUUUCUUUUUGACUAAAAGUAAGUUGGAAUUACUUCGGGAGAAAAAUUGCAAGUGUUGUAUGAUAUUAUGGAGUUUGGGCAAACUUGCAGCAUGGCUAGUGGACAAGUACUUGAAGUUCCGCCAGCGAGUGAAGAUGGAUCAGCUAAUGUUAUUUCUAUUAACCACAGAGGAGUUGAUAUUCAGAAGGUAAUUUUUAAAUUGGAUGGUGUCUCAUUUGAUACUGAUUCGUGCAUCCUAUUGCUUCUCCGACCUUUUGUUCAUCCUAAAGGUGUAAUAUGAAGAAGUUAAUGGUUCCACACUAAAAUAUCUUUAUAUCUUUUUUUUUAACAAAAAACACAUUAUUUUUAUGUCAUUUUUU